UCCACCGGAGAAAGGGCCAAGUCUCACAAGUCCCUCCUUCAGCCUUGACCUAGCUCUGAUCUUACAGAAAGAACCUGUCAUCCAAGGGAAGGAGAGUUUUGCCCCUCAACCACUCAAGGAUUCUGCCAGUCCAGCUCCCACGCCCCUGUCUGUUGUUGGGAAGACAGGUGUCGGGUUACCAGUCCAGGGGCUAUAGUUAGCCGCGGGGACUUUGUUCGGCAGUCCGGGAUCUGCGCAGCGCCUGCCGGCACUUCAGGCCUAGUCUGCGGCAAAAAGGAUCCGAGCCCUAGGCCGCUCUCGGCCUCCGCCACCUCCAGGGUGCAGGAGGAAGGUCCUGGAGCCCAUCCAAGCCAGCACCCAGUCUCUGCUGGCCUCAUCAUUAUCUGGAUCCUGCCAUCCCAGGACUCCUCCAAUGAUGAUUCUGGAGGAUCUGCUGAUGGUCCUCAGUUGCCUCGGCCUGCACACCCUUUGGAAGGUCCAAGCUGUUCCUAUCCUGCCCCUGAGCCUAGUUCCAGACGCCUUCGAUGAUGCCUAUGUGGGUUGCUCCGAGGAGAUGGAGGAGAAAGCAGGCCUGCUGCUAAAGGAGGAGAUGGCACGCCAUGCCCUGCUGCGGGAAUCCUGGGAAGCAGCCCAAGAGGCCUGGGAACACCGGCGGCACACACUCACUGUCCCUCCUGGCUUCCAAGCCCAACACGGAAUAGCAAUUAUGGUGUACACCAACUCGUCCAACACCUUGUACUGGGAGCUGAACCAGGCUGUGCGGACAGGGGGUGGCUCCAGGGAGCUCUACAUGAGGCGCUUCCCCUUCAAGGCCCUGCAUUUCUACCUGACCCGGGCCCUGCAGCUGCUUCGGGGAACCCAAGGCUGCAAUAGGGAAGAUGGGGAGGUGGUGUUCCGAGGCGUGGGCAGCCUCCACUUUGAACCCAAGAGGCUGGGGGACUCUGUCCGAUUAGGACAGUUUGCCUCUAGCUCUCUGGAUGAAACAGUGGCUCGCGGGUUUGGUAAUGCCACUUUCUUCAAUCUAAGGACUUGUUUUGGGGCUCUUAUCCAGGCUUUGUCUGUCUUCCCUGAAGAGCGUGAGGUGCUGAUACCCCCGCAUGAAGUCUUCUUGGUCACUGGGUUCUUCCAGGAUGGAGCCCAGAGCAUAGUAACUCUCUGGAGUUAUAAUCAGACCUGCAGCCACUUUAACUGCGCCUAUUUGGGUGGGGAGAAGAGGCACGGCUGUGUGUCCUCAACAGCAGUAGGGCAGCCAGAGUCAUCCUCCACAGAGGCCUUGGCUCUGCAAUCAGGGAAGUCGCUGCUCUUGGCCCCUGGGGAGUUGCAGCUCUCGAGAGCUGGACCCUGAAAGCCUCUUGGAGUCUUGGGAACUGAUGACUUUUCUAUGAAGACGGGGCUUUGAGUGGCCUCAAGAAGCAAGAGUGUGGUUCUGGUUCUAGUCCAAUGGGCUAUCUCUCCAACCAGGGUUGGAGACCUGAGGCCAUGGCAGGGUUGAGGGAAUCCCACUAUGUGGUGGGGACUUCCUAGGACAUGUAAGGUCAAGACUGGAUGGCUACUCAAUUAAACGGAGUUGUGGU